AUGCCGAAUCCACCAGCGAAGGAGGACACUUGGGCUUUCGGGCCAAUUGGAUCGCCGUUCCCGGAUAAUCCGGUUCGAGUCAUUGGGGAGCAGAACAUGUAUGUGGCUCUGUGGUACAAGCAUGGCAAGCCCAUACAUGGGCGAGCAUGGAACAACGGCGGAGUCAUCGAGUGCUCGUUCCCAUACAUCAAGGCUGAAUUGACCGGCGCUAAGGACCUCGGUGGUCAGAUUCAGGCCAGUUUUGUUUUGCAGUAUAAAGGGAACCAUCUGACACUGGGAUUUUGGUACAACUGGGUCAAAUACAAGGACCGCUUUGAUGUCUUCGAAAAAGGAGCGGAAUUACUGAAAUGUGGUGAUUCGUUUCCCAUUUUUUGGAAGGAGCGUAAAGAGGGCGCGCUGCUUGGAUACGUCGACAACAAAACUGAAAUCGCUCGCUUUUCUCACGAUGGAAGAGUGGAGGAAUUAUCGGGUGGCGCGCUUAGUGAUAUGCUUAUCAUCGUGCGCGAGCUGAAAGGCGGACCGCCACAUUGCGACUGCGCUGAAUGCAGCGCAGGGCCACCAAAGCCAGUUGUCCGUGUAACACUCAACGAAUGGACCGAUUUCCGUUUCGGCGAUCCUUGGCCUGCCACUGGAAAACCAGUACGCGCCCUGGACAAAUCGCUCGAUACGCUGCCAGGAGAGAGUCCGGAUCAGUAUGUGGCACUCUGGUAUCAGUCUGGUGAGCCGGUUAUGGGUCGCAUUUGGAACGAUAAUGGCAAAAUUUCGGCCUGCUUCGGUUGGGGCGGUCACGAAUAUCGCAGCAAUAUUGGUUCAAUACAGAUUCUGCACGAACUCCCAGAAGCGAUACGUGGCUUUGAUUACGCCUGGAAACCAUUUAAAGAAGCGGCUGUGUUUGGUGAGAAGGAGUGGAUCCCAGUGCACGUGGACCACCACAAGGGCAACAUUUCACCGGCUGUACUGAUCGUUGAUGGCAAAGAAAUUCUCGGAAAGGCCGACAUUCGCAACGAGCGCGCAACGGUCGGUUACGGCGGAACCGAGAAAGUGUUCGUUGGACCUGCAGUACACACCUGCUUUGUGUUGUGCAGAAAAGCAAAGCCGGGAUGCACCAUCGAUUAA